AUGACCAUAGCGGAAGUACCCCGGUUACAAGCCUUUGGGACGCACGUUCUAAACUUGCUGGAUCACGAGCGCGCGAUAAAGCCCACCUUUAUCCAGCAUGUACUCACUGACGAUAAUAUCCGGUGGUCGAUUCCGUCUCUCCUAUCUGCUAUUGCUGACACACUGGAGAGCAAUCAAUAUGUCGGCGAGGCCACUGCGCUGAACGAUGCCGUUGAAAGGAUCACUGCAAGCAAAAGCUUCGGCGGAUUGGGAAUACGUGACGAUCCAGGAGCCUUGGUUGUUGAAAGAGAUUAUGAAAACGCCGGGUUCCUUGUUGAAGCCAUGUUGUUAUCCUUGAGCGCGGAACUCUCGUUGAGCAAGUUCCUCCCCUCAUCGGGACCAGGACACGCCGCUGGACCGAUGACACUGGCACAAAAGAUAAUCGUGCAGCACCUAGUUGGCGGGAAUAUACCACAGGGUCGAUUACAGGCAGGGGCUGUUGUUCGCGUGGGACUCGACUGGGUUCUUUCAUCCGAGCUAUCUUGGCAGACAAUGUCCCGGGUUUACGAAAGCGACCUUGGCUCACCGGGAAUAUGGCGAAAUGACCGCUUCUGGCUUGCAGCCGACCACGUUGUGCAUCCUGAUGCGGCGCAGACACCCACGAUGCGCGAUCUGAUAGCACGUGCCGAGAAGGCCAAAGUGGACUUCAAGAUGACGGAGUAUCAGGGCUUGAAUUACACCAUCAUGCACACGGAAUUUGUGAGAGAGCGUGCGGAGCCCGGCAUGCUGGCCAUCGGGGCCGACUCUCACACCUGCUCCGGCGGGGCAGUCGGUUGCCUGGCCAUCGGUCUGGGUGGAGUUGAUGUUUUGAUGGGGCUCAUACUGGGUGAGACGUGGUUGAAGAUCCCCGACUCGAUAUUCGUGGAGUUUCAAGGCCGUCCGGCGCCGGGAAUCAGUGGCAAAGACGUGAUCCUGCAUAUUCUUAAAGAGCUUAAGAGAAACACUGUUGCCACGGAGCGGAUUGUCGAAUUUGGUGGGGAGGGAGCGCGUUUCUUAUCUUGCGAUGCUCGCUUCACCAUAUGUAACAUGGCGACCGAGUUCGGGGCCAUCUCGGGUGUCUUCGUACCAGAUGAUGUGACAAGGCAAUUUAUCUCACGGAGAAGAUCUAAGCGAAACAAGAGACAUUCUGUCUAUUUUCGACCGGACAGCGGCGCUUCCUAUGCCGGGAAAUAUAUUGUCGACUUGGCCACGGUGGAGCCCACAAUUGCCGUGUACCCCAGCCCGGAUAACGUGGUUCCCAUCACUGAAAAAGCUGGGAUGCAUCUUGAUGGCGUGUUUAUCGGUGCUUGUACGACAACCGAAGAAGAACUGGUGCUUGCGGCUCUUGUCUUGAAGGUUGGAUUGAAGAUGGGUCUGGAGCUCGCCCCUGGCAAACGCCAUUAUGUGCCAAGUUCAUUGCCUAUCGUCUCAAAGCUUGAAUCUAUGGGCCUAUUGGAAGUUUAUUCAAGGUCUGGGUUUACUAGGGGACCACCUGGAUGCUCAUACUGCCUUGGGCUUUCAGUCGAUCGUGCUGGGGAAGGAGAAACCUGGCUCAGAUCUUUCGGUCACCUUUCCUCUGCUGUAGUGUGCGCGGCGUCUAGCUUCAGCAUGUCCCUCGUUGACCCACGACCAUUCCUGCAAGAAAUCGAUUAUGAGCUGUUGGAGCAUAAAUGGAAAACGUCGAAAAUGGUUGAUGAAAUCCAAUAUGCGGAGCCAACCUUUCCGGGCUCUCGGCCGAGCAAGCAAAUGGCCCCAAUGAAGGCCACCGCCGAAGCAGAAAAACAACUACCACCAGAUAUGCCUCGUCCUCAACUGCCGCAUAUCAAAAGUAGGAUUGUGCGGCUUGGAGAUUUCAUAGACACAGACGCGCUUGCGCCAGGACCGGCAUUGACAACCUGUAUUACGGACGAAGACUUUGGAGCUCACUGUCUCGAGUAUACGCAUCCGGAAUUCCGCGAUAAAGUCAAAGGAGGACAGAGAGUCAUUGUGGCAGAUCACGCGUUUGGCUGCGGAUCCAGCAGGGAAGUUGCAGUCUUUGCAUUGAAAGGGAUUGGCAUCCAGGUCGUACUGGCCCGUUCAUUCUCCUUCAUAUUCAACCGCAACAUGAGGACUCUCGGCCUACUGGGGUUCACCGUUACGGACAAUGCGUUCUACGAAGUCGUGGCAGAUGGAGAGCAGAUAGAAGUAGACGUUUCAACACAGACAGUGACUGCGGGUGGAAAGACCUUUCACUUUGAUUUGAGUGAUAUCGAGAGGGAGCUCAUUUCGAGAAAGGGGGCUGUGGAGGGUUACAAACUCCUUGGGAGUGACCUUCUCGAGAAUCUUGGUGAUAUCGAUCCACUUGGCAAUCAUCCGGUCGCGGUCCUUGCUGGCUUGUUCUGCGGGUUCAUGUGCAGAUAG